UAUUGCACAGAUAACAGUGACGUUUCAUACAUUGUGCCAUGCUUGUUUUGUAAUUUUCUUAGAAAACCUCAGGAAAAUAACGUUAUUGAAUUAUCACAUAGUUAUAAAUCACAAAUAAAAAAUGGCUGUCCGUGCCCAGUUUGAGGGAAAUAAUGAAAUCGGUGUCUUUUCAAAGCUAACAAACGCCUAUUGUUUGGUUGCAAUUGGCGGAUCAGAAAAUUUUUACAGUAUAUUUGAGGGUGAAUUGGGUGAAACUAUACCAGUAGUGCAUGCCAGUAUAGCAGGAUGUCGUAUCAUAGGUCGUCUCACAGUUGGAAACCGCAAUGGUCUCUUAGUACCAAACACAACCACAGAUCAAGAAUUACAACACAUACGAAAUUCCUUACCUGAUUCUGUUAAAGUUCAGAGAGUAGAGGAAAGAUUAUCUGCCCUUGGAAAUGUGAUAGCCUGUAAUGAUUAUGUUGCUCUUGUUCACCCAGAUUUAGACAGAGAAACAGAAGAGAUAAUUGCUGAUGUUUUAAAAGUGGAAGUGUUCAGACAAACAGUAGCAGGAAAUGUUUUAGUAGGAAGUUACAGUACAUUUAGUAAUCAAGGGGGUCUGGUACAUCCUAAAACAUCAAUAGCAGAUCAAGAUGAACUGUCUUCAUUAUUACAAGUUCCUUUAGUUGCUGGUACAGUAAAUAGAGGUAGUGAUGUGAUAGGUGGUGGUAUGGUUGUCAAUGAUUGGAUAGCAUUUUGUGGUUUAGAUACAACAUCUACAGAAGUAUCAGUUGUAGAAAGUGUGUUUAAGUUAGGUGAUAAUCAACCUUCACAAAUACAAACAGAUAUGAGAGAUGCCUUAUUAGAUAGUUUGACAUAAUUUUAAAGAAGAAAAAUGGUUAAAUAAUAUCAGUGCUACUACAAAAGAUAAAAUAUUCAUAGUAGAGAAAAGGCAGUGGAUGAGAGACUGAGAAUACUGAGAAUUAUUCAUUCAAUCAUCACCAUUAAAAAAAAUCAUUGUUGUGUAUAUUUUCAUUUAAAUUUACUUUACUCAUAGUAAAUUUUGAAAAAUAUUUACCAAAAUGCAUUUAGAGUAAUAUAGCCUAUAGAUUCUAUGGUUAACAGAAUUAAAGAAACUAUUCAUCUUCAAAAUUUACUAUGGGAAGUCAUUAGUAAGAAAUAGACUAAAUAUUCAGAAAAAUAGUGUAUAUUAUUGUCUUUAUAAAAUUUCAAUUUAAAAAGACAAAUGUAAUAAUUAGUAGGUGGUGUACCUUGUAAAUAGCUCAAAUCCACCAAAUAAUAAAAAUUCUUAAAUGAAAUACACAUUGUUAUUGUAAAAUGUGUAUUCAGUACAAUAAAAUCCAUACUAUUGAAA